AUGAUGUCUGUGGUCAAACAAAACCUCCAUGCGGAGACUGAAGGAGACAUCAACAAGCUGAUCAACCUGAAGCUCAAUGCAUCCUACACUUACCUUUCUCUGGUAUGAAGACUGUAACAGGAGCCUAAAUCUAUAGUAAACAUAACAAUAAUACUUUAUUUGAUAGGGGUCUUCUUUCUUAUAUAAUCUGUACUUGAAUUCUGAUCAUGUAAUUCUUCUAUUUCUUCAGGGGAUGUAUUUUGACAGGGAUGAUGUCGCCCUGCCAAAUUUCUCCAGCUUUUUCUUGGAGCGCUCAGUGAAAGAGAGGGAGCAAGCCGAGAAGCUGCUGGAGUAUCAAAACAUGAGAGGAGGACGAAUUCUGCUUCAGAACAUUGCUGUUAGUACAUCGUGUUCCUUUUUUCUUACAUGGGCUUAAGUGUAGUGCUUCCCUACUUUUGAAUUUGAUCUGUCUUCAUUUUAAUUUUGAAGUAGUUUCUUCAAAAGCCAAUUUUAAUAUCAGUUUAGUUUGUUUGAUUUUUCCUUUUUUGAUAAAGCAUGGUGUAGUUUACGUUUCACUAGCUGCACUGUUUGUUCUAGUCUUUCAGCGGCAAAACUGAAACUGAUUUGAACGAGAACUUGAGUCUGACAAUCUAGUUUUCGUUAUUCCACAAGUUUUUAUUUAUGAUCAUCUUAGUGCCAUUUUUAAGGCUUUUUUUUUUAAUCAAGUUUUGUAUUUCUUAGUGUAAUAAUUAUUUCCCUUUUCUGUUUUAGAAACCAAGUAGAGAGGAUUGGCGAGGUGGUCUGGAUGCAAUAACUUUUUCUCUGGAUUACCAAAAGUCCCUGAACACAUGCGUCUUGGAUGUGCACCGCAGAGCUGGCAGUCACACUGACCCUCAUGUAAGUGUGACACAGCGUGAUAGUCAAACGGCCAUGUUUUCAUCUCUGGUUUUGAGCUGAUAGCAGCUUUUAAAGAAAUGACACUGUUGCAUGCUGUCGUAGGUUCUGUGUGAGAAAAUAGAUGUUACGUGCUGAGAGCGAUCCUGGUCUGGGAGAUCCUAGGGUUGCUUUACGGAAGUUCUGGAGAUUUCAAUGUAGUCACACGAAACUAGAGUGACCAUAAUGCUUAUUAGGUCCAGUUAAAAGUUUUAUUUUCUACAUCCUUUGCCAAGUUUAUGACAUUAAAAAUUUACACUCUUUCAUUCACACUAUACUAUACUGUACUAUACUAUACUAUACUAUACUAUACUAUACUGUACUGUACUAUACUAUACUAUACUGUACUAUACUAUACUAUACUAUACUAUACUGUACUGUACUAUACUAUACUAUACUGUACUAUAAUAUACUAUAAUAUACUAUACUAUACUAUACUAUUUUUUGUCUUCCUUUUUCUAUAGCUGUGUGACUUCCUUGAGCAGCACUUCCUCACUGACAGUCAUGAGACCAUCAAGAAGUUGGGAGACUACAUUGGCAGUCUCACCCGUCUCACUUCGUCCGAGACCCACGGUCCUAUGGGAGAAUACCUCUUUGACAAACACACUCUCUAA